AGUUUGGUCAUGCAGGCCCAUUUCCUCUUCGAUUCUACCACGCCGAAGAAGUCUGCUCCUCGGUCUCUCUCUUUUUCUCUCUUUCUUUUCUCUUAUCCCAAUUUGACCUUCGCCCUUUUGGAAAUUUCGAAGUAUCGCUGGCCGUCCCCCUCGUUUUCCUUAUUACCCCCCUUCUCUCGGUAUGAACAAACCCCCACAUCGAUGUGAACGAUAAACAUCAUGAGUGAUGAGCCUCGUGGUUGCCUUGAGAUCAUAAAGUGGUGGCUAUUCGCUCCUUGCUCCGACGACGAGACGAGUUUCCGAGCUGGGAACUACGACCCACGUGCCGGUGGCGUCAACUAUCGCGUCGAGGACGGUCUUCCUAGAGGGAGAGCGGUCGACCUGUCGGACCCAGAGAAGGGAUACUAUCAGGUCUACUACGACCAGCCGAGGCCGACAUCACCACCCCGUGCCGCACCCCCUCCUCCCAGGUCGGAGUCGAAGGGGAGACUACAGAAGCAGAGCAGGAAGGGCGCGACAGCAGAGAAGAAGGCCGAUAUGGGUUGGAUCGACUGGAACUUCCUGUCCGGGAAGAGGAAGCGGAAGGUGGCGCGCCGGCCGCGGAUAUCGACACCCUCCAACUUCCAGCACAUUGGCUCGGGCGCCAUCAACUUCAGGCCUUCUGUCCCAGACGGGCCCCGAACCGCACCUGAGUUCCGUCCUCUACAGCUCAGCAUCUACAAUCCUGACAAUAGAAUCUCACCUCUGUUGCCGUUCUUUGCUGGCCGCGAGCGGUCUGUGUCACCGCCUGUGCCAGCCCGGAGUCGAAGUCGGAGCCGGAGCCGGAGCCGCGAUGUCUUUGUGGACGAUGACAGCACGACCCUGGCGCACUCAAGAAACACCUCAACCCUGUCGUUUCACAUCCCACGACGGCCAGUAGGUGACAGCGGCUCGCUGUUGACUGAGAGCAUUGUGGAGGAGACCCCUCCGAGAAUACCACCCCGUGCCAAGACACGACCGCGAGCAUACACGUCGCCCAGCGUGGAGGCGAUUGUUGAGCGUAUUGCGAGCGCCAUCAUCGAGAGGGAGAUACUGGAUGCAGAGCUCGAGUCGGUCAAGUCGCGGCACAGUCUGUGUCUGAGCCGGCCGUCGACCUCGUACGAUCCUGAUGAGCCAAUGCCGCCGUUUCCCGCGGUACCACCAUCUGCACCCUCCUUCGCGGAGCGUGUCAGCAUCGAGCGCCCUCGCACCGCACCCUCUACACAGACUGCCUUUCAACCGCCGCCAAUACCACCUAUGCCUGUUCCCCAGUCGUUCCCAGAGCGCACUUCCAGCCUGAGGGUUCCGAAAUGGCAGGCCAACCCUGUCACACCGGAUACACCAUCAGCCGUACGGCAGUCGGCGUUCAACUCACACCCGCCGGACACGAGCCCCAAGAUCAUUGACAACUCGAUCGACGUCGAAGUGCCCUUGGCUCCUCCGCUGCCACUGAUCCUGCGCCCACCGCUGCGCAAGAAGAAGUCUUUCAGCAGGGUGUCCGAUUGGCUCUUCCCCGCUGGGAUGGAGGAGACCAACCCCGGCUUGCCCACGCCCCUGCCGUUCCGCCACUCGCGCAGAUUCUCGCGCGACUCCAUCACUAACGCACCACGGGCGCUGACGGAUAAGGAGGGCUUCUACCAGACCCUCCCGCCGUCCGCCAUCUUCUCUGGCCGGAGGAGUAGUUUUGAUUCGGCGUCAGACGUGUCCCGACCGUUCUCGGGCUCCAUCUACAGCACGGAUGACGACCACGCUGGCGGCGGCACGAACACGGUUGCCACGAGCACGCACUGGUCGCCGGGCAGCACUCCGCCCGAGCCGUCGAGGCGGAUGCAGUCGCAGUUUGACAAGGUGUACGCGCGGGAGUCGCGCAAGAGCCUGAACCUGGCGAUUGGAGGCGGGCGGCGACAGGGGCCUUUCGGAAGCGUGGAUAGCGACACCAGUCCCGCUGAAGAGAAGAACGAGACGAGGGUACAGGUCAGCCAGUACCUCGUGAGAAGUCCCCUGAGGGGCCCUAGACCGACGAGCGUGGGUGUUGCCUUUUGAUUGACAAAGGUUCUAUACGAAGCAGGGAAAAAGGAAGGACAAGGAUAGGAGAGGAAGGUUGGGGCUAUGGGAUUUAUUAUCAGGGAUAUGGUGACGACGGGAAAUCUGGUAAUGAUGUGCAUGGGACGAUGGCAAGAAAAAAAUGGGUCAAGGUAGGGAAGCUUACUCGGCACCGGGACCGAGCAUAUUCUUGCUCUGUGGCUGAUGAGUGUUGUCUGCGACAUAUUAUUUUUGAGACUGCGGUCGAAACUCCUGUAUGAGUUGUUAGCAGCAUUGUCUUGCUCUUCCUAGCAUGGUGGGGUCUGCGUCGUCGUUGUUGUCGUUGUCGUUGUCGUUAGUUGUCGUCAGUGUUGAUCAGCCGUUGUUUGCGACUUCAGCAACAGCGGCUUGUGACUUGAGAUACCAGGAUACCAAUCGCACAGUACUUUUUUUGUUCCCCCU